UAGCCUUGGCCCUGAGCGAGUGAUGACUCCCGAUAACCGUGUGACUAACCGUGAUAGAUCGCCACUAAAAGUGACUCUUCGUGAUAGCCGAAUGACUAAACGUGAUACCACGCCUAGUGUUUGUGACCCCUCAUAUAAAUGCCCAUGUACGGACGGAAUUGGCCAACGGGAAACCGAAGUGUAGCACCCAGUUACCGUUCCGACAACGCUGGCACCGUAAUUCACAGCUCUCGGCCUUUUCAAAGCAUUUAUGGUGUUCGCUACUGCGAACAUGAGAACACGAGACCACGAGUUCUUAUUGAACAAGUCACAUUGUACGACCGAUAGUUCAAAAUCACAUGGUUGUUCUGCGAAGCAGUACACCAAGCGGGAGGCGCGCAUGUAGCCAUGGAUCCCAAGCAGGACGGCAUGGAUCCAAAGCAGGGAGACGCAGUGAAGGAGAGCAGCGACCCUGUGAUUGUAUCGAAAGAUAUGGAGUGCCACGACCAUGUGCUUGUAUUGAAGCACGUGCCGGCGACCGUGAGCCAGGAGACGCUGGAUCGCCUGCUGCAGCGGCUUGGAGCGACGGAAGUGAUUACGAGGAGCAAGGGCGUGGUGUAUGCACGGUUUAAGGAGCAGAAUGCAGCAGUCACAGCCAAGAAGCAAUUGCACGGCAUUCGCAUGGGCAGCAGCAACGUGUUAUCAGCCCACUACUUCCCCCCGUCUCUUCCCGCAAACCAGACUGAACCGCACACCAAACCUAUCAACCCUGCUGCUCCUGCUCCUGCUGCAGCAGCUGCUGCUGCUAAUCCGGCAGCUGCCCGCGCUACUCAACAGCACGAACCACACACCGAGCCAUCACCACCGUUACAAUCACCUCCACCAUCGUCCCACCAACCUCUCACAGACCCUUCACUUCACCGCCUCGUGCAUGCGCUCCUGGCGUUCAGCGAGCAAGAGCAGCUGAUUCCAAGGAACGAGGGCGCAGCAGGACAGGUGGCUUUUGAGAAGUCUCUAAAAGCACCUACACCACCAAGGAAUGAGGGCGCAGCAGGGCGGGAGAGGCUGGUAGGGAGAGAGAGCGCGAGGGAACUUGGGCGAGAGGAAGGGAUGGGAGGAGGACAGGAAGCGGCGAGGCAGCAGCAGAGGUCGGGUGCUGGAGGGAAGGACAGAGGGAAGGACAGAGGAAGGGCGAGAGGGGACGAGACAAGUCACGAGGCGCCAUCUCGUAUGCAGGGGGUGCUGGCAGAAAGGGAGGGCAGUUCAGAAGGAGGGGAGAGGGAGAGCAGUUUGGAAGAAGGGGGCCGUUAUCCGUUUCCUCCCCCACUCUUUAGAUAUGCCUAUCCACCUCCCUCUUCCGCCAUCGUCAUCAACAUAGCUCUCGCACUCAUUGCCACGCCCCGGCUCUACACACAGGUUCUCCACCUCAUGAACAAGAUGAGCCUGCCGGCCCCAUUCCGCCCAGUCGUCCCCCCCUCCUCCUUGCAGCUGAUGGCAGUCCAGCAGCCGCAACAACCCUUCCCAUCCAGCGCUCCACCUGAGCCCAUCCCACCAAGCCACCCGACCCAUCUCCUGCAACCACGCCCAUCCCACCAAUCACCUCAGCUUGCCUCUCCUCCUGCUCCCCCCUCAACUUCCUGCCAAGACCCAACAACCGUCCCUCUUCACCCUCCUCACCCUCAUCACCCAUCCCACACACCGCAACCUCUUCAUCCGCAGCCACCCCAUUGGCACCCGCCCCAGCCACGACCAUCCAAUCUCCCUGCUCUCGCCCCCUUACCUCCCCAUCCGUCGUUUGGCCAAAGACCCCCCUCCCUGGCACAUCUGCCUCCCCAUCCUCUUGCUUUCCGUCCCUCUACUCCCUUCCCUCGUGCACUCUCGCCUUUCCCUCUACCGCCGAUGCACCACCCAUUCACUCCCCCCCCUCUUGCCCCCACUCCCUCUCUUGCCGCCUUGCCACACACCUCCUCACCUACAGCGGCGUUAACUGCGUCACCCUCCACUCCCCUCCCCAGCGAAAGGCCCCUUGAGAUGAAACCCUCAGAGCUCCUUAGAGCACCGUCGGCCCCAGCAACAGCAGCGUCCAGCCCAGCAGCAGCUGUCACUGCCUUGCCCACCGCUCCCUUCCCCAGGGCAACGCCCCUUGAGCCGCCUCAAGCAGCAGCGCCCAACCCAGCAGCAGCGUCCCACCCAUCAGAUACGAGUCUACGGGUGCGUGCCUUUGCGGCAACUCACGAUCGUCGGUUAGAUUCCAGAAUGGGUGGUGGGGAAGAUGGCAGCAGGGGUCCUGUGCGCCAUAGCUGCAAAGGAAGAGAGGGUGGUGGAGUUACCAGGGGAAGGAGAGAGGGAGGAGAGGUGGAAGAGGAGGAGGAGGAAGAGGAGGGAGGGGAGGGGGGUGAGUGGGAGGAGGAUGAGGGGGAGGAGCAGAGGUUGGAGAGGGCUGGAGUGAGAAAGGUAGUGGGAGGAAGUGGGAGAGGGGUAGGGGGAGCAGCGGCAUUGGUGGUCAAGAAAAGAGUGCCUGUCUUGCAGAUCCAGCUGCGCCCAGAGAAGAAGAAGCCCAGGAGAGGGAAGGAGCACGAGGGCAGCGCGGUUGAAUGCAGCACUGUUGUGACAGACCGAGAGGCUAUGUCGACAGGCGAAGAGGUUACCUUGACAGGCCUCAGUGCCCUGCUGACAGGCGGACAGAAGGAGAGUGGUGCAGUGGCGUUGCCUCAGGUGCAGCUGGUAGAGAGGGAGAAAGCGGCGCAAGUGGUGCAGGGAAAUCGGGAUACGGAUGCGGCGGUAGAGGAGAGAGAUGCGGGUGGGAAGGACAGGAGAGGUGUGGGAAUGCAGGGUGGAGGAGCGAGAGUGGCGAAGGAGAGGGAGACAUACAGACCGGUGGAUGAAGGCAGAGAGAGGGAGGGAGGAAGAGGAGAGGGAGAAGGAGGAGGUAUGGAGAAGGCGAGAGAGGAGGGGGGCGGUGGUAAUGAGAGGGCUACUGUAGAGGAGUUGAGGAGACAACAGCUGAUAGGGGAGCAGCUCCUGGAGUGUGUGGCUCAUAAGAAUUACAAGAGGGGAGAGCCAUCCCACACAUUGUACAUAAAGAACAUUGCGAAGGCCACCACCACCAGCGACUUGAUUCAUAUCUUCGGAGCAUUUUUCCCUGGCGACUCUGACUGGAAGUCAAAGAUAGGAAUUCGGCUGAUGCAGGAAGGUCGGAUGAAGGGCCAAGCAUUUGUCACACUUCCGACCCCAGAGCUCGCCACAGAAGCAUUGGAGGCCACUCUUGGACUUGUGUUGCAUGGGAAACCAAUAAUUGUGCAAUUUGGCCGAAAAUCAGUGUAGAUUUUUUUGGACGAAGACAAUUGUAAUGAUUUACACAAUGUCAUUCUCGCACUAGUUACACAAAGUGCUUAUCCAUAUUGCUU